AUGUUAAAAGAUUGUAUAGAGUUUGCUAAGGGUUGCCAAGAAUGUCAAAUACAUGCAGGAAUUCAACAUGCUCCUGCAAGUGAGCUUCAUGCAAUUAUCAAGCCUUGGCCUUUCAGAGGUUGGGCAUUAGAUCUAAUUGGGGAAAUUCGACCCAAUUCAUCCAAAGGUCAAAGAUUUGGAAUCCCAGAAAGUAUAACAACAGAUCAAGGAUCAGUUUUUACUGGUCGAAAGAUGCAAGUGUUUGUAAAGGAAAUGGGGAAGAAGCCAAAAAAUUGGCACAAAACUUUAGAUCAAGCACUUUGGGCUUGUCGAACCUCCCCUAAAGAAGCUACUAACACUACACCUUUCCAGCUUACAUUUGGACAUGAUGCAGUAUUACCUGUCGAAAUCUACUUGCAAUCAGUAAGAAUCCAAAGACAAGGAGAAAUUCAAUCUGACUUAUACUGGGAAAUGAUGAUGAAUGAGCUGGUUGAUUUGGACGAAGAAAGGUUGCAUGCGUUAGAAGUAUUAAGAAGACAGAAGGAGAGGGUAGCAAGGGCAUACAAUAAGAGGGUCAAAGGUAAAACUUUCACUAUGAAUGAUUUAGUUUGGAAAGUUAUAUUACUUAUGGAUCGAAAGAAUAAAACAUUAGGAAAAUGGUAUCCACAUUGGGAAGGACCUUUUCGAAUUUUAAAAGCAUUUUCAAAUAAUGCAUACGAAAUAGAAGAACUAACAGAGGAUCGAAGAAUCCUAAAAGUAAAUGGGAAAUACUUAAAGAAGUAUAAACCAUUUGUGCAUGAAGUUAAAAUCAUAACAACGUAG